UUCCAAACGCCAGCUUUGCUCAAUUUAGUCGCCAGCUGAUGUCUGGUUUGGAGCAGGAGAACACUAUUAAGCUUAAAAAACUUCAUUUUUUGAGUUACAACUUAACUGACAGCAGUUGUAUUGAAUGGACCUUACACUAGAAGAAUUUGUGCUGAACAGCAAAGCCAGAAUUCAAAAUGAAUCUUCCGCAAAUUUUGGCUACUUCCGCACUGGACAACGAGCUGAAAACGUCUGCGUUUUCGUGGCUCAUUAUUCGUUUGCAAAAUACAAAGAAAAUGCUAGACUUGGAAACGAGAGAGAUGUGGCAAACUUAAGAACCACGUUUGAAACUAACAGACAGUGUCGAUUCCGCGAAUGGCCAUCUCCGCGAAAAAAGGACUUGUUGCAUUUGCUGUCGGACGAGAAGAAGAUGUUGCAAUCUUUCAACACAAAUGACGCCCCUGCAGUGUUUGUAAUUUUCAUUCUGUCCCACGGAUCGCGAGAUGGCCUAAUUUACACAGACCACAAGACAGAAGGAACCGACUAUGACAAUUUUACUACGACUGAGGUGAUUGAGGCUGUGAAGAAAAAUAGUGGGCUGGAAAAUAGCCUUAAACUUAUAUUUUUCGCGCCCUGUCGCGGUGAAAUAACGGACGUUAUUCAUUCUGAAAAUCAAAGCAACGACUUCAGAAACAAUCAAAACUCGUGCAGAAUUAUCAAUUUCCCAGAUCGCGAAAAUUUCGUGGUGAUCUAUUCUACAGUAGAAACUACAAGGGCAGUGCGAGAUGAAAAACAAGGCUCUAUGAUUGUGCAAAAUGCGUGCGCCGCAUUUAAUAGCUUGAUAAAAGACUGUCCUUUAGAGGUGGUGCUGAACAAAAUCCAAAACAAAGUUCAUUUAGCAAUAAACUGCGCGGGGCAAUCGCCGGAGGUCAAAUUUGUUGCACACAAGUCAUUCACCGUGAGCAAGAGUGAAACUAUGGUGGUUGCGAGGGAUGAAAUCAGCACCGAUGCCAGGGCAAAUACUUUAAAAGUAGUGAAAGAGGACCGGUCUCAGUUCUUCUCUUGGCUUUCGCACAUUCACGCAGAGCCCGUGCGAUCGCGCUGGGCUGCUGUUAUCAGCGACUCGAGAGACCAGAACGUGGAUCGAUUGGAAAACGUGUUGAAGCACACUCUCGAUUUUGACACUCUAGUUCUGGACAAUACAGUUUCUAAUCUUGAAUGGAUUUACAAAAAAGCUUUUGGAGAACAAAGUGACGUUGGUUGCAUUCUUCUGUGUUUGUUUGCGAAAAUUGACGUUGAUGAGAGCAAUGAAAUUGUUAUUUCGAUUGGAGGUCAGAGGGUGACUGCAGGAAAAAUAGUGCACCAUUUCAUCGGCCCUGAUAAUGAAAAAUGGAUUGGCAGGCCGAAACUAUUUUUCUUCAUAAACACAACUAUUAGUUCAGACGUUUUAGCCAAGGAUGAAACACUGCAAAUGCGGGCCACAAACCACAGCGGCUGGUUUGUGGCAAUUUUGCCUAACAAAGACUGCAUUGAGGUCCUAUUGGAAAUUUUACAAAACAAGGAACUGAAAAAUGGAUCCAGUUUGCAAGAGUUAGCGAUGAAGCUACUUUCAGACGACUCGUCAGCACAAAAGAAACUACCAAAAUCUCAAAUCGCAUCGACGCUUUCGCAUUUGCUCGACUUUCCGGACUGGCCAAUGCGCUACAUACAGCCAAAAUUGAACGUAACAGUCAGGAAUGUUCCAACAAACGGAUCAGAUGUUGGGAAACCGAACUUUUGGGAAGAUUUUGUACCUGAGUUUACAAGUGCUCACAGACGUACGUUGGGCAUUAAAUCGGUGGAAGUUGUCAAAAAAGAAAUCAAUUUCGAAGAUCUCAAAGCCGAUUUAAAUGGUAAUAGCGACUCGUAUAGCGUUUACGUUGUGGCAUCGCCUCCAGGAAGCGGAAAGUCAACUUUGGUUCGUGAGCUUGCUUAUUGGGCCAACAAAAGCGCCAUCAAUCGCAGUGUAGCCAAAAUCAAUCUUCUGGACCAAAUCGAGUAUUUUGAAGAGAAUGAAGACGACGUUGACUUGCUUUCCUUUCUCAAGUUCGCCCUUGAGUCAACUUGGAUCAAAAAUAUUUCGCCUCACGUAUUGAAGGAGAAGCAAAUUGUGAUUUUCCUGGACGGUUUUGACGAAAUCUGCCCAUUCUACAGACGCGAGGGUUUGAGCCUCAUCAAGGAAAUAGCCAAAUCUAAAAUUCCGCUCUUGAUUACAACAAGACCGCAGGAAGAGGUAAAUUUAUUUUCUGCCCUGGAACACGUCUCCACGACCAAAGUUGAAAUAAAGCCACUUGAGAGAAACGAGCAAGUGGCACUGCUCAAAAUGCUACUACGCAAAAGUGAGGAUGAAUGUACGAAGAUCCUAGAUGAUUUCGAAACUCACGGCGUCCAAGAUAUUCUGAAAAAUCCAUUUCACCUUUCACUGAUAGCAGAAAACAUCGUCCCAUCGAAUAUCAAUCUUUUUGCUGUGUAUGGACAAGUUGUAGAGAAGAAAGUACGGCAAGCAAUGGUGCAAAAAGAGUCGUAUGACGAAAAAAGUAAAAUUUUCAACGCAAAGGUAAAGCGCCGAAUGAAGUUGCUGCAAAAUGUUGCAGUGGAUUUCUUGAAAUCGCUUAAAAUCCGCAAAAUGAGCGAAGACGAGGUCAAUGAAGUCAACAAUACGGGAUUGCUCACUAUACUUCCCAACAAAAAUGUGCGUUUUGUGCACCAAACCUUUGCUGAAUUCUUAGCGGCACAGCAUUACGCGGCAGAAAUUGAAACUGGCAAAUUGGAGGAAAGUUCCUUCUUCAGCCACGAAUCGUUUAAGCAAAGCAGGGCGUUUAUCGACCUCCGACUGGGAGUUGCAGACGCUGCUUUGAACGAAGGGUUAACAGCUUUUUUAAGGAGACAUUUAAAUGCACCCUUACUUUCAACGAUUGUGUCUGAAAAUUUGGAGAAAAUGUUCAAGAUUGUGUGCCCUUUCUUCACGUUUUCUCCAAAUGAAAAGGAGAAGAUUUUGAUUGAAGAUGGAUUCGCUGCUCUUCAAGCAGCGUGCAAAACCAAUGAAGAGAUUGGCCUGGUGUUGUUAGAGAUGUGUUCUUCAAUCGAAAGUGAAAGCAAAUUUUCCACGCUUAUCGAAGAUAUUGCCAAAAACAAUUUUCUUCGUCUCUGUAAAGCACUGCGAGAAAAAUGCGCGGAGAGCUGGACUUCUCAAGAAUCUAGGAAAAUUAUUGCGGCGAAUUUGGCAUCCGAGAAUGGCCACACGGAGAUGCUCAAAAUGUUGGUUGAAAUUGGAAUGAGCGUCAAUCUAAAAGACAGAUCCUAUCGCAAUGCCUUGCACUACGCGUGCGAAGAAGGACACGUGCAAUGCGUCCAUCUGCUCGUGGAAAACGGAGCCCGCUUAGAGGAGAGAGACGCCGAUGGCAACACUGCCCUCUUGUUAGCUGUGAAAUCCAGCCAUGCAAGUGAAAGCAUUGUGCAGUUUUUGUUAGAGAAGGGAGCUGAUCCGACCUCUGCGAAUAAUAAGAAAGAAACAGCCCUUCAUUUGGCUACAAAGAAAGGGAAUGUCGCAAUAAUAAAUUUGUUACUGAAAAAAGCGCCUGCGAUCGUUGAUGUGAAAAAUGAAAGAGACCAAACAGCGUUGCUCCUCGCGUCAAAUGUUGGAAUUUCCCGCAUUCUGAUAGAAAACGGCGCAAACGUCCAGUCUUGUGAUUACGAAUUGCACAACCCUCUUCACACAGCGUCAAAGUCAGGAAAUAAUGAAGUUGUUCGGUAUUUACUUGGAUUGGGACGCUUAAAUGUUGAUGCACACAACAUCAAUGGAAGCAGCGCUCUUCAUUUGGCUGCCAAAAACGGACAUUUAAAGAUUUGUGAAAUGCUGCUUGAAAGUGGUGCAGAAAUCGCGUUUAAGGAUGCAAACUAUUGGAACGCCUUGCACUGGGCCGCGGUGCACAGUAAUCUGCAAACGAUUCGCUUUUUCUACCAAAGAGACGCGGCUCUGGCUAGGCAGAAAACGCGUCAGAGCGCUUCCGUUCUACAUCUCGCGGCAGUUAACAGACAUCCCGAAGUGCUGCGAUUUUUCCUGGAAAGUGGCGAGAGCUUUUUAUCAGACCUUAACGAACAAACAGUGGAAGGGUUGACGGUCUUGAUGUACGCCACCGCUCGAGGCCACGUGCCUGUGGUUCAGUUUCUGUGCAGAAACGGCGCCGAUGUCUGUCUUAAAGACGAGAACGGCUCAACAGCUUUGCACUGGGCCGUCAAGAUGGGAAACCCAGAUGCUGCCCGGUUUUUGCUGAGCGUAGAGCCAAAACUCGUGCUGGACACAAAAUUUCACGGGGAAAACGUCUACCAAUGCCUGAGGUCGGACGCCAAUUUCGCCGAAGAGUGGAAGUUCUUGUUCGAUGCGAGCUUGGACAAUAUCAUCACUUCAGUGGACAAGGCCGGCUGGAGUGUCCUGCACGAGACAGCCAGCGCUGGAUCGAUUUCAAACCUCGAGUUUUUACUUCAACUUGGCUGCUUCUCCGUGGACGACAGGACAACAGACGAAAGAACACCUCUGCACCUCGCCGCUUCGAGAGAAGACGCUCAAGCCUGCAAACUGCUCCUCCAGAACGGUGCAGACGCAACAUUAGUCAACAAUGAAGGAAGCAACGCCCUCCACUUUGCCUGCGAAGGCGGCAAUCUGGAUGUGCUGGAACUCUUGCUGAGCCUUGGCACCAUCGACCUGAACGCGAAAAACAAAGAUGGAAACACAGUUCUGCAUCUUGCCGCAGAGAAAAGUAAUUUGCAGAUUACCCAGUAUUUGCUUGGGUCUGGACAAGUUUCUGUUGACGAACGCGACAAGCGUGGAUCAACAGCUUUCCAUCUCGCAGCCAAAUUCGCGAGGGUAGAAAUGUGCAAACUGCUUUUGACUGGCGGCGCUGAUCUCUACACGGAGAGUGACAACGAAGUAAAUGCGUUGAUGAUGGCGUGCAACGGAAAAAAUUGGGAGGUGCUCGAUUUUCUACUGCAGAGAGGAAAUUUUGAUCUGGAAAAGAGUAGCUUUGAUGGACGAACCGCGCUGCACUUUGCUGCGGCAUCUGGAGACCUGAGAUGUACGCAAAUUCUGCUCGCAGCCGGAGCAGAUAUUAACGCCAAGGAUUUAUGGAAUCGCACACCAAUCCAGUUGGCCGAGUUUUAUGAUAGCACCAAAGUGGUCAAUUUUUUAGCAGAGAAUGGCGCCCUUAUUGAAAAUGAAGAAUCAGAAUCAGAGGGCGAAACAGAUGAGACUGCAUAAAUUAGUUUCUUCUUAAAACAUUAAAUUUCAUAUAUUUUAAAAAAUAAGCCACUUCGUCA